AUGGUGCGCCACCUUCAAACCCGCCACCCCGGCAUGGUCGCGGAAAGUCAGAUGCAGACGAUCCUAGACGCCUUCAAGCGGCCGGUCCGGCACAGCAAGCUCCUUUCUUGUCCUCUUUGCGAUGAAUGGGAACCGCCCGACUCGUUAAUAGACCAGGGGAGCCCAUCAAGGCAUUAUUACCGGCACCUGGCAAGACAUCUACAACUCCUGGCGCUCGAAUCUCUGCCCUUAUCGAUUGAAGGCCUUGAGAUAAACCUUCCCGAAGAGGAGACUGAUGUGGAAGAGUCCGAGGGUGAAAGUGAUUCGGAAAGUCUCUCCGAGUCUUCCAGGACAGUUCAAUGCCCAACCUGCCACAUUCGCUGGUAUCAGGAUGAUGGGGGCACGGCAUGCCAUCAUUGUCGGGCAGAGGGAAACGCCAGCCCGGAGGCCCCCCGACGAUUCUCGGGUCUUUUCCGUUCAGCUCUCGACCUCCCUUCAUCCUCAAGUGUCGGAGAUGAAGAUGAACCCGAAAGGAUUUAUAUCAAGAAUGGAUACAAGGUUUUGUGGCUAGGCGCUUCGCUGUAUUCGUUCAACAUGUCACGAACUAAAUAUGAAGCUGGAUAUCCGUUCUUGACAUAUCAAGCUGGCGAGAUAUUCGACGUGAUCGCGGAGAAAGGCGAACUCUGGCUCGCCUUCAACGAGGACGACCCAUCCGAACAAGUCGGAUGGCUCUGGUCGAAACACUUUGCCAAGUUAGCAGAUUCGUAG